UUUUCGAACAACAAAGAAAAAUUCAAUUCCUUAAACAACAAAAAUUUCCUAAAUUGUGGAGAGAAGAAGCAAGCACUCCACCACCGUUCCUUCAUGGCGGCCUCCGUCGAAAACCGGCAAUUCCCCCACCUCGAACCGGGCCUAUCCGGCAUCGGCCGCCCCCUCAAACCCGGUCCGACCCCCCAAAACCGGCCCGGUUUUCCACCCACAAAUAAACCGGCCAAUCUCACCAAUGGCAUUGCCAAACCGGAAUACUCUUCCAGCGACGACGACGACGACGACAACGACAACGAGAAUUACUCCCUCCUCAUAAAGAAGGGCAACGCCGAGCUCGAGCCAUCGGUCCUGGACUCGAGAGACGAGCACACGGCCGACAACUGGAUCGAGCGCAACCCGUCCCUCGUCCGCCUCACCGGAAAACACCCCUUCAACGCGGAGGCGCCGCUCCCCCGCCUCAUGCACCACGGCUUCAUCACGCCGGUGCCCCUCCACUACGUCCGCAACCAUGGCGCCGUCCCAAAGGCGUCCUGGGACGACUGGUGCGUGGAGAUAACCGGGCUGGUAAAACAACCGGUCCGGUUAACCAUGCACCAGCUCGUCACAGAGUUCCCGAGCCGCGAGCUCCCGGUCAGCCUCGUCUGCGCUGGGAACCGCCGCAAGGAGCAGAACAUGGUCAAGCAGACCAUCGGCUUCAACUGGGGCGCGGCCGGCGUCUCCACAUCCGUCUGGCGCGGCGUCCCCCUGCGCGCUGUUUUAAAGCGCGCAGGGAUCAUGAGCCGGAAAAAGGGCGCCCUCAACGUCUGUUUCGAGGGGGCCGAGGAUCUCCCUGGCGGAGGAGGUUCCAAAUACGGAACCUCCCUGUCCAGGGAGAUGGCCAUGGAUCCGGCCAGAGACAUCAUACUCGCCUACAUGCAAAAUGGCGAGCGUCUCUCGCCGGAUCAUGGAUUUCCGGUCAGGAUGAUCAUCCCCGGAUUUAUCGGGGGUAGAAUGGUCAAGUGGUUGAAGAGGAUCAUCGUGACUCCGAAAGAAUCGGACAAUUAUUAUCAUUUUAAAGAUAAUAGAGUUCUUCCGUCUCAUGUUGAUGCUGAACUCGCAAAUGCUGAAGCUUGGUGGUACAAACCCGAGCACAUAAUCAACGAGUUGAACAUCAACUCGGUCAUCACGACGCCGUGCCAUGAAGAGAUCUUGCCGAUCAAUGCGUGGACGACUCAGAGACCUUAUACGCUGAGAGGAUACUCUUACUCCGGAGGUGGGAAGAAAGUGACAAGAGUUGAGGUGACAAUGGAUGGUGGCGAAACUUGGCAAGUUUGCUCUUUGGACCAUCCCGAAAAGCCUAACAAGUAUGGCAAGUAUUGGUGUUGGUGUUUCUGGUCGUUGGAGGUCGAGGUUCUCGACCUCCUCGGAGCCAAAGAGAUUGCUGUAAGAGCUUGGGACGAAACGCACAACACGCAGCCCGAGAAGCUCAUUUGGAACCUCAUGGGCAUGAUGAACAAUUGUUGGUUCCGGGUAAAAACCAAUGUUUGCAAACCACAUAGAGGAGAGAUCGGUAUCGUCUUCGAGCACCCGACCCAGCCCGGCAACCAGUCGGGCGGGUGGAUGGCGAAGGAGCGCCACCUCGAGAAAUCCUCGAACGAGGCUCCAACCCUAAAAAAGUCGGUCUCCUCGCCAUUCAUGAACACCGCCGCCAAAAUGUUCUCCGCCUCCGAGGUCCGGAAGCACAACUCGGCCGACUCGGCAUGGAUCAUCGUCCACGGCCACGUCUACGACUGCACCCGCUUCCUGAAGGACCAUCCGGGCGGCACCGACAGCAUCCUCAUCAACGCGGGCACCGACUGCACGGAGGAGUUCGACGCCAUCCACUCCGACAAGGCCAAGAAGCUCCUCGAGGACUACCGCAUCGGCGAGCUCAUCACCACCGGCUACGCCUCGGCCGACUCCUCCCCCAACAACUCCGUCCACGGCCCGAGCAACGGCCUCCACCUCGCCCCAAUCAAAGAGGUCGUCGCUCCCAGCCGCGCCCCCGCCCUAAUCCCCCGCCAAAAAAUCCCCUGCAAACUUGUCGAAAGAACUGCGCUAUCCCACGACGUCCGGAAAUUGAAAUUUGCCCUCCCGGCCGAGGACCAGGUCCUCGGCCUCCCGGUCGGAAAGCACGUAUUCGUCUGCGCCACCGUGGAUGACAAACUAUGCAUGCGGGCCUACACGCCGUCCAGUGACGUGGACGCCGUGGGGUACUUCGAGCUAGUGGUCAAAGUCUACUUUAAGGGGGUCCACCCAAAAUUCCCUAAUGGGGGACAGAUGUCACAAUAUCUAGACAAUCUCGAGGUGGGCUCAUUUAUCGAUAUAAAAGGCCCAUUGGGCCACAUCGAGUACGCCGGGAAGGGCAAUUUCGUUGUGCACGGCAAGCAUAAGUCCGCCAAAAAAUUAGCGAUGAUCGCCGGCGGCACCGGAAUCACGCCGAUCUACCAAGUGAUGCAGGCGAUCCUCAAGGACCCGGAGGACGAGACCGAGAUGUAUGUUGUGUACGCGAAUCGGACGGAGGACGACAUUUUGCUGAGGGACGAGCUCGACGCGUGGGCGGAGAAGUUCCCGGAGAGGGUGAAGGUGUGGUAUGUGGUGCAGGAGAGUGUGAGGGAGGAUUGGAAGUAUAGCGUGGGGUUUGUGACGGAGGGGGUGUUGAGGGAGCAUAUUCCGGCGGCGGCGGAGAUGGCGCUGGCGCUGGCGUGUGGGCCCCCGCCGAUGAUGCAGUUUGCGGUGAAUCCGAAUUUGGAGAAGAUGGGAUAUGAUGUGAAGGAGGAUUUGUUGGUGUUUUAGAGGGAAUUACAGUAAUUUUUUAAAAUAUAAAAAUGUGGGUGUGUAAUUUGUAUAUAUUAAUUUGUAUGUUUGUAAUAUACUACGUUGGUUGUAUGUCCUGGACUAGUGGACAUUACAUGAUUUGGUCUUUUCCUCUUGGAAAUUUUAGGAGUCUUACUUUUUUUUUAAUGCAAUAAUGUAAAUGUGGCAAAGUCAUGAAAUAGAAUUGCAAUUAUUGGAAAUUUGUGGAUACGACA